AUGUCUCCCAUACCUAUCAAACAUGUGCAACACCGCGAGGAAUCCUGUAAACUAAAGGUCGUUAUCGUCGGUGCCGGCCUCGGUGGCCUCGGUGCCGCCAUCGCAUGCCUCCUCGCCGGCCACAGCGUCAAAGUUCUCGAAUCCGCCCACGAGAUCGGCGAGGUGGGCGCCGGCAUCCAAGUGCUUCCCAACAGCUCCCGCGUCCUGACCUCCUGGGGCCUGUCGGAGAGGCUAUUUAAAUACGCCACAUGGCCGCGCCAGUGCAACUUCCGCCACUGGAAGGGUGAAAUCAUCUCCUCGAUGAACUUCCACGAAUCCCAGUCCCGGUUCCCUGGGACAUGGUACGGCGAUUUCCACCGCGCGUCGCUGCACAAGUGCCUCAUGGAGCGGGCGAUUGAGCUCGGCGGCGUGCUGCAGUGCAAUUCCAAGGUCGUGGAUGUAGUUGUGAGUGCGGAUGGGACGACGGUGACGGCCGUUAUGGAGGAUGGGCGGAGGGAGGAGGGGGAUUUGCUGAUCGGUGCUGACGGGGUGUUUAGUCGGCUGUCAGAGAUCCUGCUGGGGAGACCGAAUCCGCCGAUCAAGACGGGGGAUUUGGCGUAUCGGUUGCUACUAUCGACGGAGGAGAUGAUGAAGGAUCCGGAGCUGAGACCGUUUGUGGAGGAGCCGCAGGUCAAUUAUUGGUUGGGCCCCGACGCGCAUGCCGUGAACUAUGUCCUGCGAGGGGGUGAGCUCUUCAACAUGGUUCUCCUAGUACCGGACGAUAUUCCCGACGACGGCGCUUCAACGGUAGAAGGCAACGUGGAAGAGAUGUGUGCAGCAUUCAAAGGCUGGGAUCCAAGAAUCGAGAAACUCCUUAAGCUUUGCAAAUCCGUCUACAAAUGGCGCCUCUGCUACCGCCUGGGUGAACAUGACUGGUCUCAUCCAUCGGGCUCAUGGACUCUGCUCGGGGACGCAGUGCACGCCACUCUCCCUUAUCUUGCAUCUGGCGCCGGCAUGUCCUUCGAAGACGGCUGCGUUCUAGGAGAAUGCUUAUCCCGCCUCCCCAACUCGCCCAACAUCGACAAAAAGUCCCCCGUCUUCCUCGCGCAAAAACGCCAUGCGCUAGCGGUGUACGAAACGUGUCGCAAGUCGCGGACGCAGAUGAUCGUCUCACGCAGCAACUUGCAGCAGUAUUUGUAUCACCUGCACGACGGGCCGGAGCAGGAGGAGCGGGAUCGCAGGAUGCGCAUGCAGCCCACCGAGGAAGGGGAGGCGUUGGCGUGGAGAGAUCCUGGGCUCGCGCCGAAAUUGUUGGGGUAUGAAUGUGAGAAGGAUGUCGAAAAGCACUGGAACGUCGUAUCCGUCCCAUUGUCCAACGCGAAAACUCAAAGGUCCGAGGAGUCGCGUCUUUUGAAGUGA